AUGGUGGAUUCAAUUGCCCACAUUGCUUCAGCAUUAGAAUCAGCGAAAGCAAUCACUUUAGAAGCCGCAGCCAUUGCCACAUCAAAAUUAGGUGAAUCCUCGUACACCCAUUAUUCAAACCGCAUCAAUGGUAAACAAUUACGUACUUUAUUGAAUUCCAGAAACCCUAGAGAUGUUAAGGAUGCUAUGAAGCGUAUUAUUACAUUAAUGUCCUCUGGUGAUUCGUCCAUUGAUACGUCUACCUAUUUUGCUGAUGUUGUGAAAAAUAUAACUUCUGAUGAUAUUAAGAUCAAAAGAUUGAUUGGAGUAUAUUUGUUGAGAUUUGCAGAAAAGGAACCCAAUUUGACGCUUUUAUGUGUUAACUCUCUUCAAAAGACAUCUUAUGAUACUAUUCCAGAAACGCGAGCAUUUGCAAUAAGGGCCCUCUCUGAUAUUAAGAUUCCCUCACUGUAUCCCAUGGUUUUGCAUACAUUAAAAAGAGUCGUAACAGAUCCUUCGCCAUUAGUUCGUAGUGAGGUAUCGUUUGGUAUAAUGAAACUAUUUAGAAGUGAAAAUGAUGAAUUCGAAGAGGAUCUGGUGACUCUUAUAAAAGAUUUAUUGGCAGAUACAGACCCUUUGGUUGUAUCCGCUGCAAUUGCCACAUUUAAUGAGUGCUAUUCUCAAAAUUUAGAAUGGUUGCAUGGUCAUUAUCGUCGCUAUUGUAAAAUGCUUAAAGCAUUAGAUCCAUGGAUUCAAGCAACGUUGAUCAAUAUUUUGGUACAAUAUUGUAAGAACUAUCUUCCAAGGCCAACUCUUAAUUCAGGAAGUAGUACAAUAGUAUUACCGGAAAGAGAAGAUGAUAUCCCAUUUGAUGCUUACACAAUUAGCAUGCAUCCUGACAUGUCCCUAUUCUUAACAAAUGUAAAGGGUUUAAUCCAUCAUUCUAAUCCUGAAGUUAUAAUUGCAUGCUAUAAUGCUUUCUUUCAAUUAUCAACUUCGAAGGAAAUUGGCAAGUCCAAGUUUAUUGAAGCAUUAGUGAGAAUCACGCAAACGACCACAAGUGACAGUUUGAGGGCCAAGAUACUACAAUUGUUUCUAUAUUCCUCUUCACUAUAUCCAGCACUGUUCCAAAGACAUUUGAAAUCAUUUUUUCUAUCCCCAGUUAAUGAAACGGUGGAAAUACAAUGUUUAAAGUUGAAUAUAAUUUCCAGAUUGAUAAAUCAGGAUAAUAUAAAAUGUAUUAUCAAGGAAUUAAAAUACUAUAUCAUGUCAUUUCUUCCUUAUGAAGUGAUAACGGAAGCUGCCAUAGCAUUAUCGAGAUGUGGACAAGUAUCCAUUGAAUGGGAAGUCACCAUAUUGAAUUGGUUCAUUUCAUUAAUGGAAGAUAAUUUACUUCCUUUCGAAGUAUUAGAGUCCAUAGUAAACAUUAUCAGAGAGUUAGUUCAACUAGACCCAAAAAAGCAUCUCGAUGUAAUCAUUAAAUUAUCUAAUAUUUUACAGGCACAUACGCCCUUAGCUGAUAAUGCACGCGCUGGAAUCAUUUGGCUCUUUGGGGAGGUAACUUCCAUUGAAUUUAAGAUAUGUCCCGACUUGUUAAGGAAAUUGCUAGCGAAUUUUGUAUUUGAAGGUCCUGAAACGAGAUUACAAAUCCUUUUAUUUGCGGCUAAAUUACUAUCGUGUGAUAUUGAUCGAUUUACUGAAAACAAUUCUGGCGGAGAAGAAUAUGAUCUUAUUCAUUCAAGAAUUGCACAGAUGUUUAAUUAUGUGUUGUAUUUAUCGAAGGCUGAUGAUGAUUACGAUAUUAGAGAUAGGGCAAGAUGUUUUGGCUCAAUAUUUGAAUCUCAAAAGUUUGAAAUUGCAACAUUGUUAUUACAGGCACCAAAACCAAUACCAUCACUUUUCAUUAAAAGUGGUAAAGAUAAUAUUGAACAGAUUGAUGUAUCAAUAGAUAAACAAAUACGGAAUGGUUUAAGUAUAAUCCCAUGGAAUGAGGAUUUGAGACUUGAAGAAGAUGUUGACGUUCGUGCAGAAAUUCCACUAAAGGAUUAUUCUAAAUUUAAGAAAAGCUUUUCAUCAGAUUCUUAUAUUGGUAAGGCUCCGAUAAGAUCAUCUAGUUCUGAAGCAUCCGAGUCCAAUGGAUCAGAAUAUAAUGAAUUUGGUGAUAUCAAAGGUAUUACAAGCCCAAAUGGAACAAAUGCAUCCGUAUUUACGUCACAACAAGGUCACAAAUAUCAAUUACAAAGUUUGGAUGAGUUUUUCAGCGAUAUUCCUGCAAAACCAAAACAUAAGAAAAAGAUUAUUAUAGAGGAGGAGGAGGAGUAUGACGAUGAAGAUUCUAGCGAGGAUGAAACGUCAAGUGAAGAGGCUUCUGAUAGUGAAGAAGAAACUUCAACAUCAAACGGGGAAGAAGAAGAGGAAGAGGAAGAGGAAGAGGGUGAAAGUGGCUCAAAUGCAAGUGAAGAAAGUAAGAAAGUGACAGGAGACAUAGUGACCGAAGAUAAUCCAUUCAUUUAA